AUGGGCUCAUCCAUCAUCGACAUCCAGCGCGACAUUAUCCUCAAUACGAUUCGCAAUGUCGUCGGCAAUGACUGGAAAGUUUUGGUGGUGGACGAGGCCAGCAGAAAGUUGAUCAACAGCGCCGUGAAAGAAGAGCAGAUACUGAACCUGAAUGUCUCCAACAUCGAACAGAUCGAGCAGCGCCGGCCGCCGAACCCUGACAUGAACGCGCUAUACAUCCUUUCGCCAGAGUCAUGGAUUGUCGACUGCUUGAUGGCCGAUUUCGAAGUCGGUCGGUAUAAGAAGGCAUACUUGGUCUGGACCUCAUUCCUCGACCCGCAACAACGCCAACGCCUCGACCGGUCUCAGAUGGCGCGCGAUCGCAUCGCCGAUUAUCGAAUCCUGAAUAUCGAUUUCUAUCCCCGAGAAUCACACUUGGUCACCUUCCGCGAUCCAUGGAGCUUCCCGGUGUUGUUCCAUCCAGGCUGCAACGGGUUGGUCCGGAAACAUCUCGAAGGACUGGCCCAGAAGGUUGUCUCCCUCUGCGCUUGCUUGGGCGAAUAUCCUGUGAUCCGGUACUACCGGCCACGCGCUCCGACCCACGAAGCCAGUGUUCUAUGCUCUCACCUCGCACGUUUCAUCCAGAACGAGCUGGACCAGUUUGCUCAAUUUCAACGGGAUUUCCCUCCUUCGUCAAACCGUCCACGCGGAGUGCUACUUGUUGUCGAUCGUUCUAUGGACGUCGUCGCGCCUCUGCUCCAUGAAUUCACGUAUGGGGCCAUGGUGUUUGACUUGUUGCCGGUCAAUGAUGGAGAAAAGAUCACCUAUAAGACACUGCUCAAUGUGGGCAAGCCAAACGAAGAGCUGAAGGAGAUGGUCAUCGGCGAACAAGACAAGGUUUGGGUGGACAAGCGCCACAUGCACAUGAGAGAUGUGCUUGAGAAACUAGGCGAUGACUUUGCCAAAUUCAGAGCGGCGAAUCCUCAAUUCGCCGAGGACAACGAGAAACUUAGCGUGAACACGAUCAGGGAUAUGUUGGUCGGGUUGAACGAAUUCACGGAAGGCAAGGAUGCGUACACGCUGCAUUUGAAUAUGGCAGAGGAGUGUAUGAAAUUCUUCCAGGAGCGUAAGCUUUUGGAAGUCAGCUCUAUUGAGCAGUCCUUUGCCACGGGUCUCGACGAGAAUUUUAAGAAAGCCAAAAACCUGGCAGCCCAACUUGUGCAGUUGUUAGAUGACGAGGCUGUCAUCCCGCCGGAUCGGCUUCGGUUGAUUCUGUUGUAUAUCAUCUAUCGCGGCGGUUUGCUUGGGGGCGACAUCCGAAAGUUGAUGGCACACGCGCAGCUCCCUGGCCAAGACGGCCAGGUUAUUGCCAAUCUGGACCUUCUCGGAGUCCGGGUUGAGAAGCCACUCAAGGAUGAAAAGCCGCCAGUCCAGCCUUUGUUUAACCGGCGACCCCCCUCUACCGAUUCAGAGGAACUCAGUCUGUCCCGGUAUGAUUUGAGUCUCAAGCAGAUGGUCGAGGAGCAAAUCAAGGGUACAUUGGACGCAACCACAUUCCCCUUCACAAAACCUCAGACAGAAACCGAUGGCGGGCUGGCCGCCCAGGAGAUGCUUUCGCAGCAAGCAUCUUUGCGCAGCGCCAAACCGACCUGGGCGCGUACCCGCACUGUUGACCAGCCCCGUCAGCGUAUCAUCGUCUUCAUGGCUGGCGGAGCCACGCACUCGGAGGCGCGUUCCUGCUACGAGCUUUCUUCUGCCUAUAACCGGGAUGUGUUCCUCGCCACCACUCAUAUGCUAACCCCAGCGCUCUUUGUGCGCCAAGUCGGAGACCUCAGCGUUGACAAACGCCGUUUGGACCUCCCCGCCGAGAGACCCAAGCCUACUGCUCCUGCUCACCUGUUUGAAAAGGACACACCCUCGCCUCCUCCUCAACCACAAAAGAAGCCCGUGCCUCCACCCAAUCUCAAUCCUCCAAUAGCCCCGGGCGACAUGAUGGCGAACAUGUCUUUGAACAACGACGGCUCAACACCCCCGCUAGCUGGCAAGCUCCACAAGAAGGACAAAGACAAGAGAGAUAAAGACAAGGACAAGAAGGAUAAGAAGUACAGGUUCUUCAAAUAG